CUGUAGCAUUGCCACCUCAGAGGUACAACUCUGAGAGGGAGAUUAUCCUGGAUAAGCUUAAGAAUGAUGAGAAGUCACUCAAAUGCAAGGUAACUCUUGAUUUGCAGAAUAUGAAAUCUAUUGCAAAAACUGCAGGAUCUGUAGCUGCUUAAUUUGUCUUCCUUCAAAUUACAGGUAUUUUGUACCAAAUUUUCAUCCUUGAACAAAGAUUACUCAAUUCAGGGGAGAAAGGAGGAUGCUUCUUGAUGAUCUUCUUCAGUGUUCUUAAGAUUGCAUAUACAAUGACUCUUGUUUUCUAUUUAUUCAUUUUGUCUCCAGAGAACAGGAGUUUUGUUAAAACUACUACAUUUAUUAUUGCAGGUAUACAAUCUGGUCUCUCUAUUUAUUUAAUUAUUUCUGAGAAUAAGAAGUACAGACAUCCAGGCGACCCAGAUACUAUUUCCAGUCUAUGGACCUUAGUAAUGCUUGGUCUAUAUACUCUAGAGUUCCUUGUAUUUAUAGUAAUGAUUGGUAACUUUUUGGUAAUCUUAUUCAAUACGAAAGAACCAGAAAAUAAAAGAUUAGAUAGGGAAGGUACUACAUACUAUUAUGCACCCCAAAUUGUUGGUAACAUGCCUUUGAAGGUCUAGUUGGUAUCUCCUAUGAAAAUAUAAUGCUCUUUAUUCUAAUAGCCCUUCUGGCCUGGCUUGUAGG